UUACGUACGGCACGCCAUAUUUCCUCCCCGGCUUUUUCGCUGUUCAGGGAGAGCACCACGUUGCUCUGUAAUUGUUGCAUUUUUAGCCAAGCUUAUAACAGAUAAGGUCAUCUAGAGGAGUCUAUACGUUUGUUUGUGAGGUCCCUAUUCGGGCAAAGGAGUCUGCUCUGCUCUGUUUUGGAAAAAGGCAGGCAGAAUGUCGGAAAAACCGACUCGAAUCGCCAUUGUUAACCAUGACAAGUGCAAGCCAAAGAAAUGCCGACAGGAGUGCAAAAAGAGCUGCCCAGUUGUCCGAAUGGGUAAACUAUGCAUAGAGGUGACCAGUCAGUCCAAAAUUGUGUGGAUUUCUGAAUCUCUCUGCAUUGGCUGUGGUAUUUGCAUCAAGAAAUGUCCUUUCGGGGCCUUGUCAAUUGUUAAUCUGCCAAGCAACCUUGAAAAAGAGACAACCCACAGAUACUGUGCCAACUCAUUCAAGUUGCAUCGAUUGCCUAUACCUAGACCAGGCGAAGUCUUGGGACUGGUUGGCACCAAUGGUAUCGGGAAGUCAACUGCACUCAAGAUCCUCGCUGGGAAACAGAAGCCCAACCUGGGGAAAUUUGAUGCCCCACCAGAUUGGCAAGAAAUCCUGACCUAUUUCAGAGGGUCUGAGCUUCAGAACUACUUCACCAAGAUCCUGGAGGAUGACCUGAAGGCUAUUGUGAAACCCCAGUAUGUCGACCAGAUUCCCAAGACCGUCAAGGGGACUGUUGGUGCUAUUCUGAGCAGAAAGGACGACACUAAAACAGAGACUGUUGUCUGUGCCCAGCUCGAUCUGACCCAUCUGAGGGGGAGAAAUGUGGAGGAUCUGUCUGGAGGGGAACUCCAGCGCUUUGCCUGCGCUGUGGUGUGCAUCCAGAGAGCAGACAUUUUUAUGUUUGACGAGCCAUCCAGUUACCUGGACGUGAAGCAGCGUUUAAAAGCUGCCAUCACCAUUCGUUCUCUCAUCACUCCAGACAGGUACAUCAUUGUAGUGGAGCAUGACCUGAGUGUGCUGGACUACCUGUCAGACUUCAUCUGCUGCCUUUAUGGAGUGCCCAGUGCGUAUGGGGUUGUCACCAUGCCUUUCAGUGUCAGGGAAGGAAUCAACAUCUUCUUGGACGGGUAUGUUCCUACUGAGAAUCUUCGCUUCCGGGAGACGUCGCUGGUUUUCAAAGUUGCAGAGACUGCCAAUGAGGAGGAGAUAAAGAAGAUGUGCCGCUACCAGUACCCCAACAUGAGGAAGGCCAUGGGCGACUUUGAACUGGCCAUCGUGGAGGGAGAGUUCACUGACUCUGAGAUCAUGGUCAUGCUGGGAGAGAAUGGAACUGGCAAGACCACAUUUAUCAGAAUGCUGGCUGGCCGACUAAAGCCAGAUGAAGGAGGUGAUGUACCCCUCCUGAAUGUCAGCUACAAACCUCAGAAGAUCAGCCCAAAAUUCAAAGGAAGUGUGCGUGCCCUUAUGCACGAGAAGAUCAGAGAUGCUUAUAUGCAUCCUCAGUUUGUCACGGAUGUCAUGAAGCCCAUGCAGAUUGAGAGCAUCAUCGACCAGGAUGUCCAGAACUUGUCUGGAGGAGAGUUGCAGAGAGUAGCCCUGGCCCUGUGUCUGGGCAAACCUGCUGAUGUCUAUCUGAUCGACGAGCCCUCUGCCUACCUAGACUCCGAGCAGCGUCUCAUGGCUGCUAGGGUCGUCAAAAGGUUUAUUCUCCAUGCUAAGAAAACAGCAUUUGUUGUGGAACACGACUUCAUCAUGGCAACCUAUCUGGCUGACCGAGUCAUUGUGUUUGAUGGAAUCCCAUCAAGAAGCACAACUGCAAACACGCCACAGACUCUACUGGCUGGCAUGAACAAGUUUCUCUCCUUGCUGGAGAUCACUUUCAGAAGAGACCCCAACAACUUUCGACCAAGGAUCAACAAACUCAAUUCCAUUAAGGACGUGGAGCAGAAGAAGUCCGGAAACUACUUCUUCCUUGAUGACUAGCCACACAUCCUUCCCCCAUCGCUUUGGCCUGCCGUGCUAUCCAUCCCACUACAACCGUCUAGCGUAACAUGUACAGCUUGGAGAAGAGAGGGGGUCGUAACCUGCUCCGCGGAGGGUCCAAGAAGGGGCACGGACCACAGACCUGCUGCUUCCGCUUCCAGCCUUCACAUGUUGGUGCUCGGCUGGGCCUCCGUCAUCCCUCCAGGAGUACCAGCAGCUAUAUAAAAAAAAAAUGUGUUAUUUUAUCUUUCUGAAUUAUCAUAUUGAUUCUUUUUUUUAAAGAAAGAAUAUUCCUCUCCUCAAUAAAUGCUAGCUGCCCCACCUCCUCUGCGUGGCUGUACGUGAGUGUAUGUGAAAAUGUAGAGGUUUGACCCCCAGAGAGCCAUUUGGAAAAACCUACUUCACUCCGCUCCUGUCAGCUGAAGUAUGAUCAGGUCAUGACCAGAUCCCCACUUUCACCAUGGUCAGCAAACCUUUGAAACUGACCCUAGACCAGUGGUCAGGGGCAUGAUGUAUCAACGUCUAAUCUCCACUUGUGAUAGAGCAUUGAUAUCAUAACUGAUUAUUCACCCUCUAUGCUCAGUCCAUGCUCCUGGCUUCUUAACAUUGAUUGCAGCCUUUCCCAGCUCCGUGAUACAAAACGGUCCUAAGGUAUUAUGGCUAAUAACUAUAUUAAUUAUAAUGUUUUACAGUUAAUUCCUAGUGUCAUUUCCAUCUUUGUCACAAAAAAUGGAAGUGCACUGGAUAUCAGAAAGGUUCCAUUUUUUUUCGGUCACCAUUAGCUUAGCGUGUAUGAGUGUGUUUGUGUGUAUGCAAGUACUAAACCUGGGUGGUAAUUGUUGAAGGCAAUCUCAUUUCUUGAAGCCUGGAGUGGAAAUUGUAUCCAAACAAAUGAAAUAAAAUCCAUUUACAUAGA